AACUUAUAACUUAUUCGAUCCAAAACAUCAGCGAGUACCUUUCUAAUCCCUUCAAGUCAAAUUAAACACCAUAUUUGUUUGGUCAGAAAAUGGCUGACUACGGCACCGUGAAAAGGCCGUCCACCAUCUCCACACCAACACCUACUGAUGAUCCCCAUAAACCGAAAGAUUCAACCGGAAAAACGAGCAAGGACUUCAAGCUCUUCUGCUUCUUCAACAUCCCGGCGACCCCAGAAGCCGCUGCGGUUCGCGUCACCCGUAACUUUGGUUAUUUCGGAUCGUACUACACACUCUUGAUAUGGACCGUACUCUCCAUAACCCUAGUGCCUCAGCGCCAGAUGUCUCUAAUUUUCUUGGUGAUAAUGACUGCAGUGGGAUGCUCGUACCUUGCGCUGUUGAGGGUAGUGCCUGAUUCUCUGCUGCUGCACAAGACCGUCGAAGGGCGGUUGGUGCUGGUUCUGUUGGCCAUUGGGACGAUGAUUGAGCUCAUACUUACGUACGCAGCCGAACAUCUGUUUGUGACUUUAGCUUGUACGGUGCCAAUUAUUUUGGUUCAUGCAGUUUUUAGGGUUAGAGAUGAUGGUUUUGUUAAGGAAGAGGAUUGUGGUUUUGGUGAAUACGUUCCCCCCACAACAACCGAAGAACCCAAGUUGGCGGAUUCAGUUUGAAAAUUCUGUGGAUUUUAAUAAUGGUACUUGAGUUGAUCGAGUAACUUGUAGCUUUAGUUGGUAAGAGCAUUUUUCUUUGCACCUGAUGUCCUCCCUUCAAUUUCCAUCUGCCAAUGUCCCGCUUGUGUCGAAAGAUUAUGGUUGAGAUAUUUAUUUAACACAAAUAAAGACCUAUUUUUUGGUUUUAA